CGCUCUGUUCACACUAGUUCUCGACCGCAACCAGCAUAUCCUGGCCACAUACCACUCACCCCAUUUGAAAAUGGAUUUCUCGCAGUCGGCUCUGCACUCAUGUCUCUUAUAGAUACUCGUCGUGCGGACAUGGUUGCAGCCUGUGGAGAAACCACUGCUGGGCCGACUUUGGUGAAGUUACGCGACAUAAUGUUGGAGUCCCCAGAAGGUCGCCGCAUUCUCAAAGAAAGGCCACGUAUCAAUUCACAAACCUUGGACUUGGAGAGGCUUCGGUCCCUUCCAGAUAACACCUUUGGACGUGCUUAUGUAGGGUGGCUUGACGCUUGCAACGUCACACCUGAUUCUCGAGAGCCCGUACACUACAUAGAUGACCCGGAGCUGGCAUAUGUCAUGCAGCGAUAUCGCGAAACGCACGACUUCUACCAUGCCCUCUUUGGAUUCAAAGUCUCGGCCCUUCCCGAACUUGCGCUCAAAGCCUUUGAGUUUACGAAUCUGGGCUUCCCCAUGACUGCGUUAUCACUGGGAGCCUCCGUGAGACUCAAAUCAUCUCAGCGGGCCCGGCUUUGGGUGGAAUUUGUCCCUUGGGCCGCGAGAUGUGGAAGUCAUGCAAGGUGCUUGCUUACAGUGUACUGGGAAGAGAGGUGGGGACAGGAUCUGGACGAAAUGAAGAAGGAAUUCGGUGUCUGGGAUCCGCCGGCG